UGACGUCUUCCGGCCGCGCCGGAAAUUGAAGUCGAGGCCUCCGGGGACGAGGCAAGCGUCCACUUAGGGCUGGAGCGCCGUGGCGCGACCAUGGACCGGAGGAAAAAGCCUCUGGACGUGACGGCGUCCUCUUUGGUGGACCUGAAGGCCGAACUCUUCCGGAAGCAAGAAGAAUUCAAGCAAGAAAAACUCCUAAAAGAUUCUGGAGUUUUUGCGAAACCAAAAACAACUAACAAGAAACCGAGUAUCUGGGCCAAACAGAAUGCAGGGGUUUCCAGCCGGGCCGAGAAGGAUGCCGAGGAGAAGCUGGAGGAGCAGAAGACGUUAGACAAGGCGAGGGAGAAAUUGGAAGAGAAAGCCAAACUGUAUGAGAAGAUGACCCAGGGAGACUUUAUAGACGAGGAGGUGGAGGAGAUGUACCUGGUGGACUUCAACCAGAAGAUCAUGGACAGACACCGGGAGAAUGGGGCGCCUGCCGCCCUCAGGCCUGCGGGGGACAGGGAGGACGAGGAGGAGGAGCGCCUCUCCGAGAAGGACAUCCCCCCGCCCCAGGACCCCAGCGAGGAGUGGGUGGACUACGUGGACUCUCUGGGCCGCUCCCGGCGCUGCAUGAAGAAGGACCUGCCGCACCUGCUGGAGCUGGACAAGAACCUCCAGGGCCGGCUCUUCCUGAGCCCCGCCAACGAGAAGUCCUUGCUGUCGGAAGACAUGCGGAAGGAGCUGCAGCGCCAGGAGUGGGAGGAGGAGGAGCGGGAGGCCCUGCGGAGGCCCAUGGGCCCCAUCCACUACGAGGACAUCCGGGAAAACGAGGCGCGGCAGCUCGGGGUCGGCUACUUCGCCUUCGCCCGCGACCAGGAGCUCAGGCACAAGCAGAUGAAGACGCUGGAGAUGCUGCGUGAGCAGACAACGGAUCAGAGAACGAAACGCGAGAGCAUAAAGGAGAAGCGGAAGGCACUGUUGGACGCGCGCCUCGCCAAGCUGCGGCAGAAGAAGAUGAAAAAGGCGAAGGAAGACGGGACCGAGGAGGGAAGCCCAGACGGAGACGUGAUUGGCCCUUUGCCGCCGGAGCCAGAGGCCGUCCCGCCGCCUCGUGCCGCCGCCCCGAGCAGCAAAGUAGAGGUCAUCGUCCAGGAGCGGAAGGACACCAGGCCCGGCGUGCCCCACGUGCGGGAGUGGGACCGAGGGAAAGAAUUUUCCUUUGGCUACUGGUCGAAGAGGCAGUCGGAUCUGCGGGCCGAGCGCGACCCUGAGUUCGCCCCACCGUCGGAUUACUUCCUGGGUCAGAGGAGAGCCGGGCCUGGGAGCAGCAGGCCCGGGCCAGCACCCGGUGACGCAGGCCAGUGCCCUGGCCAGGGCCCCGCGCCCAGCGCUGCACACACGCCAGCCACCGCUGCCCCCGCCGCUGCCCCCGGGAGCCCGCCGCAAGCCCCCACGGUCACGUUCGAAACUCUGGACGAUAUGAUAUCCUACUACAAGCAGGUGACCUGAGCGCCCGCCAGCCACGGGCGGCCUGCGGACGGUGCCUCCUCCCCCCGCAGGGCCAGCACGGCCGGGCCUGCCUCCCGCCGGGACGGACCCCUUCGCGUGGUGGCCCUUUGUGGCUCUGUUUCUCUCUGCCUUACGUGGCCACAGUCACCUCGAUUUCCACGGGAGCCGUGAUCUGUGUCCUCCGCGUCCUGCAGUCGCCCCGCCUGAAGCUCCGCCCGUUCCCUGUGCCGGUACUGACAGCCGCAGGCGCCUUGUUCCGGGGAUUCCGCGGCUCCGUUAGUCGCCAGAGCAUCUGCGGGGGUGGUUUUUGCCGGUGACGGGGCAAACAGGAGCCAGGGUGGUCUGGUCUCCUGGGUGACCCUGGUGGCCUCUUGCGCGGGGCCAGAGAAGGCACCACGGGAGUCGAUGCUGCUGGAGCCACUUUUAUUGUCGCCCCCUCCUCUGUCGCAGUUCCUGCUACGAUGCUCAGGGACUGGGGCUCGGGCCUGGGCGGACGUGGAGGCUACACGCGUGGCCCAGCACCUCUCGGCUGAGCGCCACGGCCCCCGCACCGCUCCUGUGCCGUGACCGCCUCCCCAGGCUCCACCCCGGGUCCUCGUCAUUCUCAGGGACCGGGCGCGCUGUCUCGUUCCCACAGUGGUGUCGGCGGGAGCUUCACUCUCGUUACCUGGUCUCGGGGCUUCUCUGCAGCUUAUCCAGGCCCCAGUGUCCCCCCUCACACUGAACAACAAUAAAUCUCAAUUACUUGCAAACUUUG